AUGUCGGAUCCCUCUGGCGAUGCGUACUCUCCAUUUGGACCAUCACUGACAGCCGUUCUGCCUGUGACCUCGGCCUCCAUCUCGCACCUGGAGUAUCAUCUACGUAGCCUUCUCGGAACCUCUGAUACGCUUUCCGACGUCGUCGUACUCAGCCCCCGAUCACUUCACGCUCAAAUACGCCAAGCUUUGCGCUUGAUUCUUUCUGAAGAGGAAGCUCACGAAGUUGAACUCAGUAUAUCUCAAUGGCCUGAAGGACUUGGUCUGGGGUCUGCUCUCAUCCAGGCUGCUCGACGCGUCUCCACCGAGUGGGUACUCCUUGCUGAUGAAGAAGGGCUCGAGCAUUUUGACAAUCGCACGCGCGAUAUCCUGCUCUUGAACCCUCCCCCUUCAGACCCCCUACCCAUGGGCCCUCGAGGAGUAGACUUCCGUUCGGCUUGCUUGGAACCCUCAUUCACCCCCAAGACAGCUGCAUACCUGGUUCCCCCGCUGGCUCUGCCCGUUUCUUUGCUACCACCCGCCAGAAAUAUCAAGCCUACUGAUGAUCCUUGGGUAACACUUGGCGAUUCUAUCUCUCGUUCUACUUCGCGGUUAUCCGGUGGGCUGGCGAUAGGCUCCUCUAAUGGUUCGCUCGCGUGGUGCGAGAGAUACGUUGUAGGGAAUGGCACGUCUCUUCGACCGCCGACUGGCGAUCAUGGGCUGCAAGAACCGAUGCAUUCUACUCAGGAGAACGGAACUACUCCUCUCACCGCUUCUGGCGUCUUUCUUUUCGCUGCUUAUGCUCGCGAGGCGCGCUUCCUCGUUCACCUGGCUUGCGAGCUGGUCCGUCAAGGUCACGAGAUCACCUUCCUUGUCCUGCAACAUGACGGGUUCGUGGGCCAGGACCUGGAAUCCCAACUGAGGGUGUGCCAAGCGGCAGUGUAUCUCUUCCACUCGCAUUCCUCGGCUGACCUGGGACAUCUGCAACACGAGCUGGUAGAACAUAUACCCCACAACAUGGAUGUUGUCGUAUCUACAUUGGAAGACGAAUUCUUCUUCCAGCUCUCAGGCCGCUUCUCCCAGAACAAUGUUCGUGGCCGUACGUCCGUUGUACGGAUCCCUGAGGAAGACUUGCCCUAUUGCGACUGGAUGUCUGCCGUGGACCUCGAGGGAUGGAAGAACUGGCACGUUCCUCAGAUCGAGCUGUCGGUCAUCACGGACCAUCGACCAUAUUCCCUCCAGCGGCUCCUUUCGUCUUUGGCCAAUGCUCGAUACUUCGGCGAUCAAGUUGACCUGCGGAUCAAUAUUGAGCAAACCGCGGAUACAGGGACCCUGCAACUGGUCAACGAUCACCGAUGGGAACACGGAAGCGUUUUCUACCAUCAUCGAGUUGCUCACGCAGGCUUGAUGGCAGCUGUUGUAGAGUCCUGGUAUCCCAAGGGUAACGACACUUACGGGCUGCUCCUUGAGGAUGAUGUCGAGGUGUCACCGCUCUUCUACGCAUGGGCUAAGUUGUCGUUGUUACGCUAUCGCUACGGUCAGGCGGAGAGCCGGUCGCCCAACCUAUAUGGGAUCAGUCUGUAUCAGCAGAAGAACAUUGAACUGCAUCCGGAUGGUCGUCAUCUUUUCAACGCUCGAAGCACCUUCGAGGCAGCAGGGCUCGUCUACCCCAACACUCCAUAUCUAUCCCAGAUCCCCUGCAGUUGGGGUGCGCUUUACUUCCCGGAACACUGGCGCGAGUUCCAUGAGUAUCUCGUCACCCGCCUCAACGCCUCUGUCUGGCCCCUCGAUGAGGUCGUCGUGCCCGGCGUACGCUCCAACCGCUGGACGCGCUCGUGGAAGAAAUACUUCAUCGAGCUCGUCUAUCUCCGUGGAUACGUCAUGCUUUACCCCAACUAUGCCGACUACAUGUCACUCUCGACGAACCACCUCGAGGUCGGCUCGCAUGUCCGCGACAUACCCAUCGAGACGUAUCUUCGCAAGAAGAAGCUGUUCAACCUCCCGCUUAUGCCGCUGCCUCCUGCUACGCUUCCCCGCGACCUCGCCAUCAUGCCCAGUACGGGUCUGCUCGAGCUUCCCGAAGCACGUCUGCCCGACUGGCAUGCCCUCCCUGUCCUCGAUCUUCUCGGUACAAUAUCGAACGAAACCAUGAUCACCCUACGCGGCGGGGAACGUAGGACCGAGUUGACCGGCUGCGAUGUUUUUACAGCACGCAAAAACGACGUCGGGGAACUCCUUUGUAUUGACUAG